UUAUGGUAAUGGUCAUUGAUUUCAAUUACUACAUCCAGACUCAGCACAUGUGACUGCCUUCUCUUCGCCUAUUUUUUAUGCUGCAAAACACAAUGAGCGUGAAGGAUUUUGUGAAGUUUGGGAGGAAGGUUGUUGCUGUUGGAAGGAAUUACAGGGCCCAUGCUGCCGAGCUUGGCAACCCUGUACCUACAGAGCCCCUCCUCUUUCUGAAACCAAGCUCUUCUUUUCUGGAGGAGGGGGGAUCGAUUGUGGUGCCCUCCCGAUGCACUGAGGUGCAUUACGAAGUUGAGCUCGGUGUGGUGAUUGGCACGGGGGGUAAGAACAUUCCCGAGUCCUCUGCCCUCUCUCACAUUGGUGGCUACACGCUUGCUCUGGACAUGACCGCUAGAGAGAUCCAAUCAGAAGCCAAGAAGAAAGGCCAUCCAUGGAGCGUUGCCAAGGGCUACGAUACAUUUUGUCCUGUCAGCAGUUUUAUUGAGAAAGAAAAAAUUGUGUUAGAAGAUUGCCACCUGUGGCUGAAAGUCGAUGGAGAAAUGAAGCAGAAUGGUUCGACCAAGAACAUGAUAUACUCUGUUCCUUAUCUGAUCAGCUACAUCAGUGCUAUAUUUACGCUCGAGCCUGGCGAUGUGAUAAUCACGGGUACCCCCGAGGGAGUGGGGCCAGUCAAGCCAGGGCAGACACUGACAGCUGGUAUAGAGGGAGUCCUAGAGAUGACAUUCCCUGUGGUUAGUGCCUAGGACACUGCUUUUGAUGUUGUUGUUUUGAUAAACAUAAUAAUUGUUGUAUAUAAGUUUUACAUGAAACGUGUUGAAAAGUGA